AUGAAGACACAAAAUAGAAUUCUACCAUGUACUUAUUGGGCUUUAUAUGACAAUAUAGAUGAUUACGGGCCAGUAAGGUCUCAAAAGAAAGAAGCAAUGAGAUCUAUUGUCGCUUUGGUGAGGCAACGAGAAUAUCUCGUUCAGGCAAUACGUCGAACACCUUGCGUGCCAUAUUCACCUGCGUUGGAUCAUCAAACUCGUUUCCAAGUCUCGAACUUUCUCACUACCCUAAUCUCUUCGACAAUAUCUCCGACAUGUAGCGAAUCAGACGGUGAAGAAGAGCCCAACAAGUGUUUGUCUCUUAGAAUCGAAAAGCUACCAAAAGGAGUAACUGUUGGGUCUGCUUUGCAGAGCUGGAUGGGAGAUGGGUUUCCAGUUCAUGGUGGAGAUGUUUAUCACGCUAUUAAUAGAUUGAGAAAGCUUGGUAGAAACAAACGUGCCCUUGAGUUAAUGGAGUGGAUCAUCAGAGAAAGACCUUACCGUCUUGGUGAGUUAGAAUAUUCCUACUUGCUUGAAUUCACAGUGAAGCUUCACGGCAUCUCACAAGGAGAAACACUCUUCACACGUGUCCCUCAAGAGUUUCAGAACGAGCUUCUCUACAACAACCUCGUGAUCGCUUGUUUAGACCAAGGAGUCAUGAGACUCGCCCUCGGGUACAUGAAGAAGAUGAGAGAGCUCGGUCAUCGUACUUCACAUUUGGUUUACAACCGUCUUAUAAUCCGAAACUCGGCUCCAGGAAGAAGAAAACUCAUCGCUAAAGACCUUGCGCUGAUGAAGGCAGACAAAGCCGUUCCUCAUGUUUCAACGUAUCAUAUCUUGAUGAAGCUUGAGGCUAAUGAACACAACGUUGAUGGGGUUGUAAAGGCUUUUGAUGGUAUGAAGAAAGCUGGAGUUGAGCCAAAUGAGGUUUCUUAUUGUAUAUUGGCUAUGGCACAUGCUGUUGCGAGGUUGUAUACAGUUGCUGAAGCUUAUACGGAGGAGAUUGAGAAAGCUGUUACAGGGAAUAAUUGGUCGAGUUUUGAUAUGUUGAUGAUUCUUUACGGACGUUUAGGUAAAGAAAAGGAGUUGGAAAGAGUGUGGAAUGUUGUCAAAGGGUUGAAUCAUGUUAGGUCAAAGAGUUACUUGCUGGCAACGGAAGCGUUUGGUCGAUUAGGGUAUGUUGAUAGAGCUGAAGAGGUUUGGUUAGAGAUGAAAGACGUAAGAGGAGUUAAAGAAACAGAGCAGUUCAACUCUUUGCUCUCAGUUUACUGCAGAGAUGGUUUGAUAGAGAAAGCUAUUGGUGUGUUCCGCGAGAUGACUGGAGAUGGGUGUAAGCCUAAUUCGAUAACCUAUAGGCAUCUUGCUUUAGGAUGUGCUAAAGCUAAUUUGAUGAAGGAAGCUCUCAAAAACAUUGAGAUGGGUUCGAAUUUAAAGACGAGUAAGAGUGUGAGAAGCUCAACGCCGUGGCUGGAGACGACGUUAGCGAUCAUUGAGUGUUUUGCGGAGAAAGGUGAUGUGGAGAACUCGGAGAAACUGUUUGAAGAGUUGAAUACUGCCAAGUAUAAUAGGUAUGCGUUUGUGUAUAACGCUAUGUUCAAGGCUUAUGUGAAAGGUAGAGUCUAUGAUCCUAAUCUGUUCAAGAGGAUGGUUUUAGGUGGUGCUAGACCUGAUGCUGAGUCAUACAGUUUGUUGAAACUUGUUGAACAGUAUAAGCCUUGACUCAAUCAAGGCUGCUUGAACAUAACAGCUUUGUAACUACUUCACUGGCUCAAAGGGAGCUAGCCGCAUAAGUUAAUGGAGCCGUGGAAAGAAAAAGCAGGGAAUCUAGCUCUGGGCAGACAUGCUAUCAAGUGGUCAUUGGACCUUUGUCUCUCUUUAGGUCCCACCAGAGGGUCAAACAUGUAAAAGUCAAACCGUCUAAAUAUUCGUUCACACUGUCACAUCCAAUGAUCCAAAGAGACAAAGGGAUAAAAAUACUAAACAAAUCAUACACAAAAACUCCUUUAGAUGCCAAUGCACA